GCUUCAAUAUACUUUUAGAUUUUCUACCAUUCAUUUCCCCAGAAUAAAGAAAACCUUGAGGAAUACACGUCUUCUGUGCAAAUAUUAUAUACAAGAUAAAUUUUGUUUUCGUGGAAACUGAGGGUAUAAUAGUCAAUUACGAAUAUAGGAUAUUUUCUUUUUCGUUCUGAGCGCCGAACACCUUAUCUAUCAUCUUCGCUUCCGUGUCUGGAACAUUGUAGACGCUAAAAAGAUGGCAGCGUCCUUACAUCACGCUGUCCCCAAACUCACUAUAACAACUGCAGCUCGUCCCGAGUCAAGACGGAGCAGUUUCAAUCUAGUCAGGUGCUGCGCGCCGACGACAACAACAACCACAACUGACGCCGGGGCUCAGCGAAUCACGGUGAAGAAUGGGAACGACUCGCUUGACAUAUGCAGAGUCCUUAACGGUAUGUGGCAGACUAGCGGCGGUUGGGGCCGAAUCGACCGGGACGACGCCGUCGAGGCAAUGCUUCGCUACGCUGACGCUGGUCUCUCCACCUUCGAUAUGGCCGAUCACUAUGGGCCUGCUGAAGAUCUCUAUGGCAUUUUUAUCAACCGAAUUCGCAGAGAGCGUCCACCAGAAGUCCUGGAUAGGGUUAGAGGCCUUACAAAGUGGGUUCCACCACCCGUUAAAAUGACUGGUAGCUAUGUCAGGCAGAACAUUGACAUUUCAAGGAAGAGGAUGGAUGUGUCAUCCUUGGACAUGCUUCAGUUUCAUUGGUGGGACUAUUCUAAUCCUGGCUACCUUGAUGCCCUUAAACACUUGAAUGACCUAAAGGAAGAAGGUAAAAUAAAGACUGUUGCUUUGACAAAUUUCGACACAGAGAGAUUACAAAUAAUUUUAGAAAAUGGAAUUCCUGUUGUCAGCAAUCAGGUGCAACAUUCACUUGUGGACAUGCGUCCUCAACAAAAAAUGGCAGAGCUUUGUCAGCUUACUGGAGUUAAACUUAUCACGUAUGGGACGGUAAUGGGUGGACUGUUAUCUAAGAAAUUCCUUGACACUAACUUAUCCAUUCCUUUUUCUGCCCCACCAUUAAAUACUCCUUCCUUGCAGAAGUACAAAAGGAUGGUUGAUGCUUGGGGAGGAUGGAGUCUCUUCCAAAGUCUGCUGCGUACACUUAAUAAGAUAGCCUCUAAACACGGGGUCUCCAUUCCAACUGUAGCGGUGAAGUACAUAUUAGAUCAGCCAGCAGUGGCAGGAUCCAUGAUAGGUGUUCGACUCGGUUUGGCUGAACACAUCAAUGACGCCAAUGCUGUGUUUUCACUGGUCCUCGACGAGGAGGAUAUGAACAGCAUACAGGAAGUUUCCAAAAAAGGGAAGGAUCUGUUAAAAGUGAUUGGCGACUGCGGAGAUGAGUAUAGGCGCAUAUGAAUUUUGCAUGCACGUUUCCGUCACUGGUGUUUUGAAAGUGCUGUGAUCAUUUUGUGUAUCAAUGUGAAUUCUGUACAUUGCAAGGUUUCGUUAUGUAAUAUUUAUGAUUUCUGUAUAUUUUAAUAGAGUUGAAAUGACACAGGAUUUUAAAACAUUCAGCUUUGCGUCAUCAAUAAUAAUAUUAUUUU